UUGUGCUCAGCGAUGGCAUCCCAGUAGUGGCGACGACAGCAGCGGCAGCAGCGGUUUCCCUCCUUCCCGUCCCCUUUUCCGCCGUCGGGACCGGGUGGUGCGGCCAUGGUCGGGGUCCAGGCGGCCGCGAGCGGCGGGGGGCGCGCGCUGCUGCUGCUGCUGUUGCGGCCGCGGCCGCGCGGCUCGGACGGCGCCUCACGUGACGGCCGCGCGCCCGUGUCCCCCGCGCGCCGCUGCCUCGGCGACUGGCGGUGCCCGCCCGUAGCGCAGCCGGGCCCCGGUGGCGGCGCCGUGUGGGGAAGGAGCGGCUGGAGCCGGCGGCAGCGCGGGGAGCGGGAUGCAAGCAUCUCUGUGUCAUCUUUACAAGGCAAAGAGAACAUUUCCUUACUGGGAAAUAGGAGGCUUUAUUUUGACACUCAUGCACUGGUAUGCCUCUUGGAAGAAAAAGGGUUCACCACUCAGCAGUCAGAGGUCAUUGUAUCUGCAUUAGUGAAAAUCAUGAACACCAACCUGGAUAUGAUUUACAAGGACAUGGUCACCAAAGUACAGCAGGAAAUUGCACUUCAGCAAGUUAUGUCCCAUAUUGCUGGUGUGAAAAAGGACAUGAUUAUUUUGGAAAAAAGCGAAUUUUCAGCACUUCGUGCAGAAAAUGAGAAAAUAAAACUUGAGCUCCAACAGAUAAAGAAGCAAGUCACGGAUGAAAUUACCAAAGUUCAUGCAGAUAACAAGUUAAACCUAAACCUGGAGAAGAGCAGAGUAAAAGAACUGUAUUCACUUAAUGAAAGAAAACUACUUGAAAUGAGGACAGAAAUAGUGGAAUUGCAUGCACAACAAGACCGAGCUCUGACCCAAACAGACAGAAAAAUAGACACAGAAGUUGCAGAUCUGAAAACAAUGCUCGAAACGCACAAGCUUGAUAAUAUUAAAUACUUAGCAGACUGUGUUGAGAAUGUAACCAAAGACGUGCCUAAAAAAACCUGUGCACAUACCAUGCCAACAUUGAACCUCACCUCUGACAGAAGCGCUUCUGCUGUUUCCCUCCAUUCUGAGCUGCAGGGCAUCUGCUGCUGCCUUCGUGUAGGCAAAGACUGGCAUUCCUGACAAUGGAGUGGGCCUGCAUGCUGCAGAGAAAAUCAAUGGAAUUAUGUUCCAUUGCCUGCUUGGGCAGGUUGGCCAGACUCAGUUGCAUGUGUUGGACUGAAGUAUUUAUUAUUAGUGUAAAACUGAAGCUACGUGUUCUGUGGCUUGGAGGCACUCUUGUAUAAGUGGAGUUUGUGCUAUCUGAAUCAUGCUCACUUCCCUCCCUCUAACACUUGUUCUUACAGUUACUAUGAUCAAAUAUUUGUUUGGCUAUUUUUGUAACAUAGCUAUCAGCUUUUUUUCCAGAUGGCUGCCCAAUCGGUUGUGUUCAUGAACGAGUCCUGUGUAAAGAUAGCAGUGUUUGCUGCUGGUUUUGUUUGUAAGGUAUUUCUAGAGAUUUUUGUCACUAACUUGCCUUUGGUAGAUGUAAGUAUCUGAUACUCAUUCCAUAUGCUAAUUGCUUACCUUACCGCUGUAACUGGAAGUUGAAAAUGCAGUAACCUACACUGGUUGUGUUAAUUUGUCCUUAGGUGAUACAAAGUGUCUCAGGUGCUGCCUUCUUGAUGAAAAGGAAUUGAUGCUUCUAGAAAGGAAAGAGAUUUUAAAUGGUGGUUAUGAAGCAGGCUCUUAGGCAAGAGAACUGCAGUACCAGCAGUCUUCUGCAGGGUUUACUGUUUCAUUUCUUAAAAAAUCAUGUUGAUUCUUCAAAUUUGGAACUCUGAUAGUAAUGACAAUAAUUGAAGCAGCAGUGGAUACCUGUAAAGAUGUUAAACCCACAUGAAUCAGGAAGUGCCACUGAAAGCAGUGAAGAAAGAUGUCCAGUGUAUUCAGGUAUCUGUCAUUCUUCCACUGAUGAAAUGAUUGUUUUAGUAGCCGAGCUGCCAUCUGUGUUCCUUCACUUAAGGGAAAUUUCCCUUUCUGCUUAGGGGAGGAGGGGAGCUUUUAUGCACUGGUGAUAAAUGCUGUUAGAGCACAAUAAUGGCUUUGCUUAAUGAAAGUAAAGCUUUUUGGCUACUUUGUGCCUGUAUUGUAAUAACCAUUUAACAUUUUUGUGGUUGGAAGUGCCAACUUUGAUCAUGUGCAAGUUCAGAGGAAGAGAUGGUUGCCUGUAACAAUACUGUACUGGCCUGAAAUAAAGAAUUUUGAAUAUUUCAUAGAA